AUGUCUCUUUCCAAGAUUGCCACUCUUCUGCUGGGCUCGGUCUCGCUGGUCGCCGGUCAUGGUUAUGUCUCGAGCAUCGAGGUGGACGGUACCACCUAUGGAGGGUACUUGGUCGACACUUAUUACUUCGAAUCCGACCCGCCCGAGCUGAUCGCCUGGUCCACCAAUGCCACGGAUGAUGGCUAUGUGUCGCCCUCCGAUUACGAGAGCGUCAACAUCAUCUGCCACAAGGGCUCUGCGCCUGGCGCGUUGUCGGCCCCUGUCGCGCCCGGAGGCUGGGUGCAGAUGACCUGGAAUACCUGGCCGACCGACCAUCACGGCCCUGUCAUCACCUACCUGGCCAACUGCCACGGUUCUUGUGCUGAUGUGGACAAGACCACCCUCGAAUUCUUUAAGAUCGAUGCUGGCGGCCUGAUUGAUGAUACGGACGUGCCGGGAACGUGGGCGACCGAUGAGCUCAUUGAAGAUAGCUACAGUCGCAAUAUCACGAUCCCCAGCGAUAUUGCCCCCGGUUACUAUGUUCUGCGACACGAGAUCAUUGCCCUGCACAGUGCUGAGAACCUGGACGGGGCUCAGAAUUACCCCCAGUGUAUUAAUCUGGAAGUCACGGGCAGCGAGACAGCGACCCCAAGUGGCACCCUGGGCACUGCGCUGUACAAAGAGACCGACCCCGGCAUCUACGUGGACAUCUGGAACACGCUGAGCACGUAUACUAUUCCCGGCCCCGCAUUAUACACUGCGGGCAGCACUGCGACCGCAGCCGCUGCUGCCGAUAUCACCACCACUUCUGCUGGCACCACCGCGGUGGCCACCACCGCUGCCGCCGUCGUCAGUGCCACCGUGGAGGCUGCAGGUGCUUCGGUCGACAACUCGGCUACUGACUCCGCUGGUGACUCUGCCACGACUGCCACGACUACCACGACUUCGGUGGCCACUGCGGCUUCGAGCUCGGAUUCGUCGACCACAUCCGGGGUUUUGAGUGGCGCCUGCAGCGAGGAGGGCUACUGGUACUGCAACGGGGGCACUGCGUUCCAGCGCUGUGUCAAUGGAGAAUGGGAUGCGUCGCAGAGUGUGGCUGCGGGCACGGUCUGUACCGCGGGAAUCUCGGAGACCAUCACCAUUUCAGCCGCCGCCACGCGCCGGGAUGCCAUGCGUCGUCAUCUGGCGCGUCCCAAGCGUCACUGA